ACAUAAAACAUUAUUCAAAUAGUGGCCUUCCCUUCGCUGGCAGAGCUUCAAGCUUGAGCAUCAAUUUGGAACGCCUCGCCUUAACGUUCCGCGCAGAGCGUAUCGAAUGCUCGCCUCGACCUCAUUCGAAGUGCUGGGCUUGUUAGCGUGAGCCAAGGACUUGACGUUGUUCCAGAGAACAUAAUCGAGUGGUGUUAAAUGUCAAGAUGACAGCUGAGUCGCCAAAUUGCUGCUUCACAACAGUCGAGCUGGAGCUUAGAUGGAAAUUUGAAGAAUGGCUUAUGAGAAAAGUGUUGGCGUCAUGAUGCUCUUGGUGCUGACCAUCGAGCGUUAUGUCUCCGUCUGCCAUCCGGGUUUCACGCGACCCGUGAUGGGUCCGCCAGGCGUGGUUGUCUUCGUCACCUGCUUGGUGACCUUCAUCAUCUACUUGCCGAGCAUCUUUCGCGGCGAGCUCAUCAAGUGCAUGCUGACCUCGAACAACGUGUACGUGUAUCUCCGGCGGGACAACAACAUCUACCAGCGCACCAUCUUCUACUCGGUGUACAAGAUAAUGCUCGAGGUGAUCUUCAAGCUCGUGCCGACCGUCGUGAUCGCUGGCCUCAAUUUGCGCAUUAUGCUCGUCUAUCGCCGGACCUGCGAGCGCCGCCGUCAGAUGGUCCUGUCGCGCGCCACCUAUGUGAAGGACGACGAUCCGCGCAAGUUUGCCGAGGAGCGACGCCUAUUCCUGCUGCUCGGCAGCACCUCGAUCCUGUUCCUGCUCUGCGUCUCGCCCAUGGCCAUACUGCACAUGACCAUUGCCUCGGAGGUGCUGCCCAGCUUUCCGUUUCAGGUGUUCCGGGCAAUGGCCAAUCUGCUGGAGCUGAUCAACUACUCGAUAACGUUCUACAUCUACUGCCUGUUCAGCGAGGACUUUCGCAACACGCUGAUGCGCACCAUCAAGUGGCCGUGGCUUAAGGGCAAGCUGUGCCACCAGGUGGAUGAGGUGAGUGCCACACCGCCAGCAACGGCUACAGCAGCGGUUUGUAAUCCAGUUUGCCCGACAACUCUUCACACAGACCACACAGGCCAUCAUGGGUGUUCCAAUGGUGCGAUUCGAAAAGUAAAUGGCAUUUAAAGAAAUAACCCCCAAAGCCAGAUGAUGUCUAAUGCCAUAUAGCUAUAUGUCUAGUCUAGUUUUAGAAGCAUUUCGAAAAAGACAAGAAGAUGAUGAUGAAGAAGAAGAAGAAGAAGAAGAGCAAAAGCAACAUCACAAAAUGAGAUUAAAACACGAAUAUGAUAUUUAUGUAAACUGAUAUAUUUAUGUAUCUAUAUAGACAAGCGCGUAUUUAUUGAAAUACACAUGCAUGUGUGUAUAUCCAUAUGAUUAUGUGUGAGCGUAUACAACAAUUGAAUAUAUUUAUAUAUACGUAUAUAUUGAUCUAUUGAAUGUAGUACUUAAGUGCGUGCAAGUGAGUCUCUGUUCGAAAAUCAAACGCAAUUCUUGAGUUCGAUUUUGACUUUUGAUUUGAAACAUUCGUCAGACGAAACGCGUUUCAAGUUGAAUACAUACUAGAUUGUUAAACUAAUUUUAGUACUAUUUGUAUGCUACUGAAUUAGGUUAGUCGAUAGAGAAUACUUUGGCUAGUCCUUAUGUGUGCUAUGGAUGCUAAGGAUCAAGGCUUUACCUGCCAUAAAUUAAUUUACUUUUAGUCUUAUUGAUAGAGCGUAAUACUCCAAAUUUGUGUAUACCAGAGAAAAUCAAUAUCGAAAAUAAUCGAGAUGUCCAAGAUAUAGGAUCAGCUUUAUGAUCUGAUAUCUCACAUCUGGUUCGAUUUGUUUGUUUCAUCGCAUUUAAUAUACCCGCUUUGAGCAGCUACUUUUAAUGGGUAUCCUUGAAAUCUUCUCCUGACUUCUGUUGCCAAAACUAAUUUUGAUUGGUUGAGCAAAAAUGUUUCGAGUACGCAAAGAAUUUCAGAUGCUUGCAGCACUACUUAGUAAAACGUAAAGAAGAAAUAAAUGUGUGUACCUAGCGAAUAACUGUGCAAAAUGUUGUCUACCUACAAGAAUCUUAAAGAAAAAUGUUUCAGUCGGACAUGACCGACUACACAAUGCUCGUUCACAAUGGCGUUACGAAGGAACAAGGAAGGAAUUUUUAUAGAGCUCAGUUUCAAAUCAAUGAUUAGCAAUUCUAUAUCCUCAAAUAUACCCAAAUAGAAGAACAAUCAGAGAUAUUUUCCGAUUUAAUAGAUCA